GCUACAACACACACUUGUAUGCUGCCAAAAAAGCCAUACAUCUGUGAAUGAGAUACUCUAACUUCAUGCAUAAAUUAAGGUAAUUUUUUUUUCUUGGAUGUCUAAAAUUUAAGUUAGAGAGGAGAGUGAAAGGUAGAACCUGGGAAUGGAUCAAUACUUGAUAUGAAGGGCAGAUACUUGAACCCAAAGCUUCAACUUUACCAAACUCUGUACCCUUUUCUUUUAAGCAAAUACUCGCACCAAAGUUCCCGACCAUCAUUCUCUUUCUCUCUCCCUCUCUUUCUUUCUCUCAAUACUUAGUGGCUUCGCUGUGAACUCAAACCAAAUGCCUUCAGCUACCAGUAGCCGAACUAUCUUACAGAGAGCUCACAUAUUCUAGUGAUUCAAGUACCUUCAAGAAGUUCCAGCCACACUGAAGGGCCUGUCAGAUGGGUUCGUUUCAAACACCUAUUGGAAUGCGAAGCUCUGCAUUAUUAGAAACAUCAUGUGGAUAUCUGCUCCAAGAAUUGCAGAUCAUCUGGGAUGAAGUUGGUGAGGAUCAGUUUGAAAGAGAGAAGGUUCUCCUGGAUUUAGAACAGGAGUGUCUCGAAGUUUAUAGAAGAAAAGUGGACAGUGCAAAUAUAUCAAGAGCUCGCCUGCAUCAAGAAUUAGCAGAAUCUGAAGCUGAAUUUACACAUCUCCUUCUGUCACUUGGUGAACGAUCUCUCCCCGGAAGGCCAGAAAAAAAGUCCGGAACACUUAAGGAGCAGCUGGAUGCAAUCACCCCAGCAUUGCGGGAGAUGAGGUUGAGGAAAGAAGAAAGAGUGAACCAGUUUCGAGCUGUGAAAGGGCAAAUUCAAAAAAUUUCUGCAGAAAUUGCAGGUCAGUCAGUGUAUGACGACUCAAUAACAAAUGUCAUAGUAAACGAGAAUGAUCUUUCCUUGAAGAAACUAGAGGAAUACCAGAUUGAGCUACAAACCCUUCACAACGAGAAGAAUGACAGGCUCCAGCAAGUGGAGACAUAUAUAGACACAAUUCACAGAUUAUCCACAACAUUAGGGAUGGAAUCUUCCAUGAUUGUAACCAAAGUUCAUCCAAGUUUGAACGAACUGUGUGGCAUAUCAAAAAAUAUAAGUGACAGUAUUCUGGCCAAACUCAACAUCACCGUGGAAUCUCUCAAGGAAGAAAAACAAAAGCGACUUGAAAAGCUUCACCAUCUAGGAAAAGCAUUGACAAAUUUAUGGAAUCUUAUGGGUACACCCUAUGAAGAUCGCCGGCUGUUUUCUCAUGUCACUGGCUUGUUACCUGUCUCAUCAGAUGAAGUAUCUGAUCCUGGAAGCCUUACCCUGAAUAUAAUGCAGCAGGCUGAAGCAGAAGUAAAGCGACUGGAUCAAUUAAAGGCAAGUAAGAUGAAAGAGCUUUUCUUCAAGAAGCAGAAUGAGCUAGAGAAUAUAUGUAAUAAAUCACACAUGGAGAUCCCUUCACGACCUGAGAUUGAUAAUAUCAUUACACUUAUAAACUCGGGGGAGAUAGACCAUGCUGAUCUCCUCAUGAGCAUGGACGAACAAAUAGCAAGAGCAAAAGAAGAAGCUUCUAGUAGGAAGGAAAUAAUGGAAAAGGUUGAAAGGUGGAUGUUAGCGCGAGAUGAGGAACGCUGGUUAGAAGAAUAUAGCAUGGAUGAAAAUCGAUAUUCAGUUAGCAGAGGUGCUCAUAAGAAUCUGAGACGUGCAGAACGUGCUCGAGGAAUAGUGAACAAAAUCCCAGUUUUGGUGGCCUCGCUUAUAGCAAAGACCAAGAAUUGGGAAGAAGAAAGAAAGAAAGUAUUCUUAUUUGAUGAUGUACCUCUGUUGGCUAUGUUGGAAGAAUACAACAUGUCAAGGCAGGAGAGAGAGGAAGAGAAGCAAAGACAAAGGGAAAAGAAGAAGGUGCAGAGCCAGGUAGUAGUCGACCAAGAUAAUGCAUUCGGGUCCAGACCAGGCACCAGUAGUCGACGUCUUUCAAACAGAAGCAUAAACGGAGGCUUUAGCAAUGCAACCCCUUUAAAUAGAAGGCUUUCUCUGAGUAUCCAUCAGUUGGGAAACAACAGCAUCAAUUCUGCAUCUCAAAAUAUAUCUUUGAUGAAGGACGGACGGAAAAUACAGGGACAAAAGAUGUUUGCUCGACCUGGCUUUGCUUCCCAUCUUCGAGAUGAAACAGCUUCAGUGGUCUCAACAUUUUCUGGCCCUGUAUCUCCCUGAAUUACAAGUCAGAUUGUUAUCUUCACAUGCAUUGAGAAAUCAAAAGGCACAUAUGGAGCAAUACAACAGAAUCUGCAGAAGAAUAAUUCGCUCCAUUAAAUCAGUUUGAAGAUGUUUAUAAUUUAUCUAUGCCUGCCCCUACAGCCGGCAGUCGCGUCUAUAACCAAUAGAAUUUUCAGCACGAUAAAAUCAAAUAAGGGUUAGAAAUUUAGAAUUAUUGUUUCGAUCCCGUUGCAGGUGUAAGGUGCAGUACACCAAUAAAUUAAAAUCUACAGGUCUAUUGUAAUCAUGUCCAUAAUCAAGGAGCUUUGAUUUUCUUAA